AUGGCGGGCGGGCGGGGCCGUGAGGCGGUCUGCCAGACCCGAUCAUCAAAAACCAUUUCCAAGCUGGCCUACCAUAAAGGGGUGGUAAUAGUGAAGUGCCCCGGCUGCAAGAAUCACCACGUCAUAGCAGACAACUUAGGAUGGUUUUCAGACCUGGAAGGAAAGAGGAAUAUCGAGGAAAUCCUGGCAGCCAAAGGGGAGAAGGUGAGACGUGUGGUUGGCGAGGAAGCCCUGGAACUGCUUCUGGAAAGCACUGCAGAUACCGAGCCCCAAAAUCCUCCUGCGGAGGGAGAAGGUGGGGAGGCUCCAUCGGAGACCGUCGGCAAGGGACCGACCUCAUGA